AUGGUUACAAGCACCUACGGUGCUGGGAUGCACCGAGCGGUGCUUGGAUGUGGAGGCUCAUCCACACUGCAGCGCAGCCCAUGCGUGUGCGGGCGCUGCGGCUUGAGAGAGCAGCGGCCCAUCCGACGGCGCGUCCCGGGCGGGAACCCGGGCGGGACGGGCAUGUGCCGGGACAGAGAGGGACCGGCUCAGGCUGGAAACAGCGGCGAAGAGCCAGGAAAAGGAGCGUCACCGGGGCCGGGGAGGAAACGUGUAAACGCUAUAAAACGCGGCGGCGCGGCGGGCAGCUCAGAGCGUGCAGCGGGGCUGAGCUCUCCUCUUCCUCCUCCUCCUCCUCCUCCUCCUCCUCCGCCGCCGCUCCGGCAGCCGCGCAGCGGGGCAGGGCGCAGGCCCUCAGCAGAGCUCCGCUCCGCUCCGCGCCCGCCCAGCCAGCCCCACCGACGGACUCGAGGCUCCAAACCAGAAUGUAAGCUGAAUGUUGUGUGUCCUCGGGUAGCUAUACUUACGGUUUCCUUCUCCAACAGAUUGGGAAACAGAAUGCCAUUUGAUGGAGCCGGUGAACCUGACCAUGCCCACGGGUCAUUAAAGUCUGAAUCAGACAUUUUGCAGAACACACUACCUGAAAAUGAGAAAUUCUAUUUUGAUCUGUCCAGAAUUAUUGAUAGAAAUGCAAGGCAAGCUGAUGGAGUUUUCACCAGUGUCUACAGCCAUCUUUUGGCUAAACUUGCUGUGAAGAGAUAUCUGCAUUCGCUUAUUAGAAAACGAGUUAGCUCCCAGGACAGUCCUGUAAAACGCCACUCUGAUGCUGUCUUCACUGACAACUACAGCCGCUUUCGAAAGCAAAUGGCUGUGAAGAAAUACUUAAACUCAGUUUUAACUGGAAAAAGAAGCCAGGAAGAGCUAAACCCUGCUAAACUUCGAGAUGAAGCAGAACUCCUUGAACCUUCCUUUUCAGAAAACUAUGAUUCUGUAGAUGAGCUGCUGAGCCACCUCCCACUGGACCUCUGAAGGACACCUGGUAGAGCCUAUGAGAAGAACAAGUUAUUUUUGAGUUCCACAUAGUAUUUCAAAGAGAUGACUUUAGUCAUCAAACCAGAACAAAUAUGUUGUGAAGUGAAAGUUGUGAUAUAUUUGUUUCUUAUGUAAUAAAAGUUGAUAUUUACAUUGUAAAUAUUACUCUAGAGUUCUCUACUGAAAGCUGUACAUAUGGAUGCCAGUUUAACUCAUGACAAGUCUGUGAGUCCAUAUGCUGUAAAUCCUUUACUUCAAUAAAUUCAUU